CUUCCCUCUCUGUCGCUCUCUUUCUUCACUACAAAGUCCCUUCUCUUUCUCGCACUAUAUCUCCUUCUCUCUCCGCCCAUGCUUCCUAUACGCAUUUAAUUAUAUUUUUUUGAUUUUUUCUCUCCAAGUCGUUGUCGAGGUUGAAGUAGCAGAGUAGUGGACUGAUCUAUAUUGGAAGCGAAUCUGUGUUUGGAUUCGCCAGUAGCUUUGCCGACUUAUCUGCUCAUCACCAAUGAACAGGAGCGCUUCCUGCUAUUCUUUCCCUCUUUAUGUUGCUGUGGAUCUGUGACCAGUUUUCUUUCUUAGUCGGUAGCUGAAGCAUGUGCAGUGGCCCUAACUGUUCCAACUGUCUUUCAUUCACCAUCCAAUAUUCCAAUCUAAUCUCAUUCUAAUACAAAGUUGAGUAUGAAGGACAUGAGUCAACUUACUGUUGAGACUGAUGAUUGUUUUUCAAGUUUUCUUGAACUAGCUGCUAAUAACGAUGUGGAGGCAUUUAGAAGAUCCAUUGACCGUGAGCCUGCCGCAGUUGAUGAGGUUGGAUUGUGGUUAGUUCGCAAGAAAACCUCUAAACAGAUUGUCAACGAGGAAAGGACUCCCUUGAUGGUUGCUGCCACUUAUGGCAGUGUUGAUGUCUUGAAAUUGAUAAUUUCGCAUCCUAUAGUUGAUGUCAAUCGGACUUGUGGCCCAGAAAAGUGCACUGCUCUUCAUUGUGCUGCAUCUGGUGGUUCCAAUAGUAUCAUUGAAGUUGUCAGGUUGCUGCUCUCAGCUGGGGCUGAUCCAAAUAUUGUGGAUGUCAAUGGUCUGAGGCCAGUUGAUGUAGUUGUAGUUCCACCAAAGCUCUCCGGUGCAAGAGCUUCUCUUGUAGAAUUGCUUUCAAACAGUAUAUCUGACGUGGUUGGUGGUGGAUGUCAUUUGCAAGUGUCUAUAACGACUACAACUACUUCCUCACCAGAAAUUGGGUCACCACGUUCACCUCCAGACUUGGUGUCUUCUCCUCUGGCAUCAGACUUCAGUGAUGUUCCUGCAAAUUCUGCACCGGAAAAGAAAGAAUAUCCUAUUGAUCCGUCUCUUCCUAACAUUAAAAACAGCAUGUAUUCGACAGAUGAGUUUCGCAUGUUCUCAUUCAAGGUGAGGCCUUGCUCUAGAGCUUAUUCGCAUGAUUGGACAGAGUGCCCUUUUGUGCACCCGGGAGAGAACGCACGGAGAAGGGAUCCUAGGAAAUACCACUAUAGCUGUGUCCCAUGUCCGGAUUUCCGCAAGGGUUCCUGCAGACGAGGUGAUAUGUGUGAAUAUGCUCAUGGUGUUUUCGAGUGCUGGCUUCAUCCUGCCCAGUACAGAACACGCUUGUGUAAAGAUGGGACCGGAUGUGCAAGGCGAGUUUGCUUUUUUGCCCACACUCCUGAUGAGCUUCGUCCAUUGUAUGUUUCAACAGGGUCUGCAGUUCCAUCUCCAAGAUCUGCAGCUGCUGCUGCCGCUGCAACUGCUAGUGUGAUGGACAUGGCUGCUGCUUUGAGUCUUCUGCCUGGUUCUCCUUCAUCACAUGCUGUUAUGUCUCCUGUAUUCAAUCAGCCUAUGUCUCCCACUGCAAAUGGAGGAGUGUCAUAUCCAUCAUCCACUGGCUGGCCGCAGCCGAAUAUUCCAACUCUGCAUCUCCCUGGAAGCAACCUCCAGUCAAGUCGCCUGAGAUCUUCACUCAAUGCACGCGAUAUCCCCCGUGAGGAUUUUAACAUGCUGCAGGAUUUUGAUGCUCAGCAACUACUUCUAAAUGACUUGGCUUAUUUUUCACAGUCACGUCCCAAUUCUGCUACUUUGACUCGUUCUGGUUGUUCUAAGAUUCUAACCCCAUCUAAUCUUGAAGACCUAUUUUCUGCUGAGAUGUCAUCUUCUCCCCGAUAUUCUGACCAGUCAGUGGCUUCUGGUGUGUUCUCCCCUUCACAUAAAUCAGCUGUUUUCAGUCAGCUCCAACAGCAGCAGAACAUGCUCUCCCCAAAAACAGGCAAUGGGAAUGUGUUUUCUCCCAGAAAUGUUGAGCACCCUCUUUUGCAGUCUCCAUUUGCUUGUUCUUCACCUAGUGCAAUGUCUCCAAGAGCUGUCGAACAAGUAUCUUCCCCAAUGAGUGCUCAGCUUUCAGUAUUUGCUCAGCGUGAGAUGCAGCAGCAGCAUCAACAGCUACGCAGCCUCAGUUCCCGGGAACUCGGUUCAAGAAAUCCCGCAAUGAUAGGGUCGCCUGCCAGCAGUGCUUGGUCGAAUUGGGGAUCUCCCAACACAAAAGUUGACUGGUCUAUGAAUGGGGAUGGGAUUGGCCGCCUGCGGAGAUCAUCUUCCUUCGAAAAGCUGAAUAACAACAAUGGAGAUGAGCCUGACCUGUCCUGGGUACAAUCUCUUGUAAAGGAAUCACCACCUGAGAUGAAAGACAAGUUGGCAGCCCGAACUUCAGGGGCUACCCCAUCCGGUGAGAUGUUGAUGAAAUCUAAUUCUCAACCUGAUUCCAUUGAUCAUUCUGUCUUGGGAGCUUGGCUUGAGCAGAUGCAACUUGAUCAGCUUGUAGCCUAGUGACACAAGAUGUUUCAUUUUUUUCAAAAAAAAAAAAAGCUUUAGACACAAUUUUUUAUGGAUUUAUACAGUAUUAUUUUGGGCAUAUUUUUUUGCUGGUGGAGAAGGAAUGAUGCAUGCUUAAGUCAACUCAGAUGGGUGCGAGAGGGCAAGGUGGAACACUUUUGAGAUAAUUAUUCAAUUUUUGGCACAUAACAGUAUUUGUUUACAGCGGGACUUCUCAAACUGUUGGUUGGGCUGUAUCAAAGAAACCCAGUCAAGUAAUGGUAAGGUGUAACUCUCGUGAAUCUAGGAUUAAUAUCACCCUUGCAUUUCAUUUCAGUGAACUCUCCACUGGAGAUUAGUCAAUCUAAAAGCUUUAUCUUGAUGCUUCUUUUUCCUUGGAUGUAUUACACUCUUAAUGUAAUUCAAGGGAUACAGAUCGAAUAAAGGCCGUUGUAUUCGUGCUUAUCGGGGAAGGAUCAUUGUUUUUUGGGUUUUCAUUACAUUUUCCUUCGGUGUACCCACAAGGGAGUAAAACUUCCUGACAUGGCAUCAUUACCUUUGCUCCUUAUGUUUAAUUUCUUUCGAUGUAAAACUGCAUUAAUUUAAUAAUGCAUCAGUUUAUUUGUUUAUUCAUAUAUUUUGUUAGUUAAUCUGUUUACUUGCCAUGUUCAUGAAUGUCAUGAUGUUUGUGGCUUGUACUUUGUAGUAAUCUAUUGGUGUAGUGGUGUUACUGUGAUCUAAUUGCGGGAGAAAAUGAACUUUUAUUGGAAUGUUUGAG